CACUGUGUAAGCGGGUAAUGGCGGCGUAAACAACGCUGAGAUCGAUGAAAGAGACUCUGGUUAGUCGAGAGAAAUACAUUUAGAGUAUAACUAAACGGAAUAUGUUUUCGGUUGGAAGAUUUGUGCUCGGUGUGGAAACGGUUAAAAACCCGGUUGUUUACUUCUUGGUGAAGCGUAGUUGCUAGUUUUUAGCUAACUUUUAGCUCAAUGUGCUAAUUUAGCGGAAAAGUAAGUUUGCAGAGAUGCACUGUGUCGUGACGGGAGGAAACGUGAAAGUGCUGGCCAAAGCCAUCCAUUCUCUGUCCAGGAUCGGCGAUGAUCUGUACGUUGAGCCUCAGGAAGAUGGGCUGGCCCUGCGGUCUGUGAACUCUUCUCGGUCGGCAUAUGCUUGCUUCCUGUUCGCACCACUCUUCUUCAGCAGGUACUCCACUACCAGUGGGGAUAACUUCCGCUGCAAGAUGGCAAUAAAGAGUGUGCAGUCUGUGUUCAGAUCGCUGACCACUUUGGAGAAGACAGUGGAAAAGUGUCACAUUGAUCUGGAUGAACAGAAAAACCGGCUCACCUUCACCCUGCACUGCAAACACGGCCUCCUGAAGACACAUAACCUGUCUUUCCAGGACAGUGAGAGCCUGCAGGCAGUGUUUGAUAAGGACAGCUGUGCCAAUGUAUUCAGAGCCCAGCCCCGGCUGCUGGUAGACACAGUUGUGCAUUUUCCUCCAUCUCUGGAAGAAGUGACUGUGUCAGUGAGUGAUGAACGGAUGUGGGUCAGGAACCAUGUGGAAGAAGAAGCAGAGGCAUCCAAAGCCAUGCUGACGGAGCUGUGUUUGGCUUCAGAUGAGUUUGACCAUUUUGCUGUCCAAGCUCACAACAGUGUCACCUUUUGCUUGAAGGAGUUACGGGGUUUAUUGGUGUUUGCAGAGUCAACUGGUCUCCCUAUUUCUAUGUAUUUUGAUGAGCCUGGCAGCCCUGUGGUGCUUUCGGUAACAGACAGUGUCCUGGAGGGAAAUUUUGUGCUGGCCACACUUUCUGAUGAUCCCAGCCUCCGUAAAAACAGCAGCAGAGGAGCACACACAGUGGCUCCACCCCCUCCUGAUGACUUCAUGAAUGACGACAUAGACUCCUACCUAAUCGCCAUGGAUACCAGUACUGCACCAGGUCCCUCCACCACAGGUCCACCCCCGCCCUCAUUAGCUGAUGCCACAUGUUCAAAACAGCCUGCUGCAGUCAGCCACAAGACAAGGAUACACAUUGAGGAGGAGGAAGAGGCAGAAGAAGAAGAAGGAGAAACAGAUGAUUUAGACAGACCACCGAAUAAAAAGUUUCGGUCCCUCUUCUUUGGAUCGGUGCUUCCCCCAUCGUCUCAGAUGAGCACACAGCCGAUGACAUCUCAGGAGGUGCUGGCCAGCGACAGUGAUGAUGAAACAUAAAGAACUGUGGACUGAUGGGCGAGAGGAGACAUGGACUAAACUGACAGUGGGUGCAUGUGUUUGCACUGUUAAACAAAGACACCUGGAUUACUUGAAACUGAAGAAAUGGACACAAAUUUUAAUCCUUAC